CACGGAAAUAGCGAUGUAUAAAUAAAAAAAGAAGAAAUAAUCUUCGUUUUGUUUUACAAGUGUACGCUGUUGUUUUUUUUUACUGCAGAUUUAGGGGAAGGUUGAAUGCCGGUGCAAAUGCUGAUCACUGUCAUAGCGCGGUAGAUAACAGAAAUAAAGCGGACAAAGCAAAUGCCCAAUGAUCGUGCAAAAAAAAAAAAAGCUCGCGCACCAAAAUAGACUUGCUAUUAAAUGCUUCACUUCAGUUCACAUCUGUAUGUAAAAUGCAUACGGCUAUCUUCCACUCUUGAAAAAAAUGCCUAACCGGAGUAAAGAUGCUUCACAGUUCCCUGUCCGGUUGAUCUCUGCUCACGUUCGACAAAUGUAAACACAAAUGCGGGCUGUGUUUCCGACUAAAAGCAUCAAGCCAGCACAACGUGCUCGCAUUGUUUUAUCUAAAUUGUUUUUUUUUCUUUCUUGAAAACAGGUAACGGCAAUUCGUUGCCCGCUAUUCUUGUUUGGAGCCGCCCUCGCGUUGCAGAGUUAGUUGAAUAAUUUUGACAAAGUUGCGAUUAUUGAGAGAUAAGAGCAGAUUCACUGUGAAAAAAAAGUUUAGCAGCCUCGUAAAAAAGUUUGUGUGAAAGUGCCUGACGUCACUCCCACAAUGCUCCCGCUCCAUAACUCUAGUGAAGCAGCUUGGGGAGAAGAGACUUUCAGGCCCCGAUAAAAGAAAAAUUACCGAAAAAAAUUUGGAAAAAAUAAUAAAAUCACAGAUCGAGGAGAUAACGGCCCGGGAAGGUGAUGUGGGAGACCCCACGGAUGGAGAAGAUGUGCAGUAAUAUUUCGUGGUCACCCCCAACUCACAUUGUUGGGACUGGGUGAGCAGAAGAUUUCUUCUAAGAACACUGGGACCCCCUUUGGAGAAGCUGACUGUGGACAUCUUUAAACAGACAUCAUCUCACCUCCAGUAAGUUCUUCUUCAGGUCAGUUGGCACUGCCGUAGCUGAACACAUCUUAAAGACAGACUGGAAGAAGAGUCUUGAGCGUGCAGGUUUUAAUGGCACCAGCCUUUUAAGGCUGCCAUGGCAGCAGAUGCCAUCAGUAAUCAAGCUCAAAUUUCCACUGUAACACAAGAAGAAGUGCAAGGUGCCAGGAAGAGUUUUGGGGUCAAGCCUCUUCCAGAAGACAGAGCAGCCCUGACCCAAGAGACGAGUGAGUGUGAGGUGUGUGGAUUGCUUUUCAGCACACAAGAUAAACUCAGAGUGCAUGUGUAUAGUCACACCGGACAGAAGCCCUACCACUGCUCUCAGCCAGAUUGCUCCAAGGCCUUUGUGUCUAAAUAUAAACUUUUCAGGCAUAUGGCCACACAUUCUCCACAGAAAACACACCAGUGUACAUUCUGUGAAAAAAUGUUCCACCGUAAGGACCAUCUAAAAAACCAUCUGCAGACUCAUGAUCCAAAUAAGGAGGCCUUCAAAUGUGAAGAGUGUGGAAAGAAUUACAAUACCAAGAUGGGAUACAAGCGGCAUAUCGCCAUGCAUGCGGCCACCAGUGGGGACCUCACCUGUAAGGUUUGCAUGCAGAGUUAUGAGAGCACUCCUGUCCUUCUGGAGCACUUGAAGAGCCACUCUGGGAAGUCUUCAGGAAGCGUAAAAGAGAAAAAGCACCCCUGUGAUCACUGUGAUCGCCACUUCUAUACCCGGAAAGAUGUUCGCCGUCACAUGGUUGUUCACACAGGUCGCAAAGACUUUCUCUGCCAGUACUGUGCUCAGCGCUUUGGUCGGAAAGACCACUUGACUCGUCACGUGAAGAAGAGCCACUCACAGGAGUUACUCAAAAUCAAAACAGAGCCACAAGAUAUGCUAGGAAUUCUGAAUUGUGGUUCCUCCGUUUCAGUAAAGGAGGAACUCACUCCCAUGAUGUGCAUGGCAUCUUCUAAGGACUCUAUGAUGGGAAAAUCCUUUUCCAAUGCCUUUUCUGUGGGUAUGUACAACCCGCACUUGCCAACCAUGUCCAAUUCUGGGAUGUCUCAUACUUUAGUACCAAGUUCAUUGGCUUCCAUGGGAAUGGGCUGUCCUAUGGAGUCUCCUCCUAGUCAUCACCACUCCCCACCUCCGCAGCAGCACCCUCCACCCAAGUAUCAACUUGGAUCUACCUCAUAUCUGCCGGAGAAACCCCUUAAAGUGGAAAUGGAAAGCUUCCUCAUGGAUUUACAGAGUGGCCUUCCCAUUUCAUCCCCUGAGUCCCAUCCCUCACCACCAAAGGUUGGGCUGGAGCACCAUCAGUCCUUAGACGAUCUUCCAGGAGAUCACAUUCAAUGCAAAAGCCCAACAAUCAUUACAGAACCUUUCUGUGCUGCUAACAUGGAUUUCUCUCACCUUCUUAGCUUUUUGCCAUUGAACCUCCCUCCAUAUAACCCACCAAUGUCCACUAGUGGUUUAGUAAUGGGUUACCCAUCCCAAGGAGAUCCUCAGCCACCUCUUACCUCUUUGCAACCACAACCUCAGGAGUCUCAAGGAGCUGGUAAUGGCCUAAGCCUCGGUCCGCUUCACCCUCUACCCCCCGUUUUCACCACAAGCCUUAGCACAACAACAUUGCCACGUUUUCACCAGGCAUUUCAAUAGACAUCAGAAACACCAGAAAGACCGUUUGAGGAGCCUUAAUAAAGCGCACAAAGCUUCCUUAAAUACAGAGGAAGACACAUAUAUCUCUUUAUAUUAAGAAGCUUUUAUAAGGCUUUAUCUCUACUCCACUGCAGAGUUCAUCCAUAAUAUGGAGGUACAGUAAAGACUAAAUAAUAAAAUAAUAAUGCAAACUUUUAUUUUCUUUCCUCCUAAAAGACUGCUUAAGUGUGUUCUGAGGGAAGACCUUUCCCAAAAGAUUUUUUUUUUGUUUUUCUCAAAUGCUGCCAUCAGAAUUGAUUCCAUCCCCUUAAAGCAGCUCUGUAUUAUUCCUGUUGUUCAAGAUUUUGUGUUUUUUUUUUUUUUUGACGCUAUGUAACGAAAAAUUGUGAAGGAGUGAAAAAUUGUACAUGAAAAUUAUACAGUGACAACAGGGUUUUGAAAAAAGCACUUUCCUUUAUGGAGGUAUCUUUUUCUUAAGGGUUUUACAUUUGAGCAGGAAAAAAAAAAUUAAGAGGGGUUGUUACCUCUCGAUUUCUAACUCCGUUUACUGGAAGUCCCCAUGACAGUUUAGACCAGCAGUUUAGGUAUAAAAGUGGGAACUGUGACAUAGUCCUUCAACUCUAGCUGCCUAAUACACGCAUUGCUGAUGUAAAUAUUUUACACUUUCGAAUUUUUAGAAUCUGUAUGUCAGUAGUAAAACUGGAAGUGAAGUUUCACUCAUACAGAAUCUAAUCUGGAGCGUCAACGGUUCCAAAUAGCCAUUUUUUUGGCUUUUCCCAUACUCUGAAUGACAAUUCAACAUUACAUCUAUGAGAUAAGCUUCUAAAGCGUAAGUGGGAAAAAAAUAUUACGUCAUAGGCCUCGGCACAUAACUAUUUCUGUUAACUUGCAAAAAUACAAACCAAGAUAACAGCUAAUUAUAUUCACUUAUCACUAUUUGUACGUUAAAAAUAAAUAGGUAAAUAAAAAGCAGAGAUUUUGCCAAAUCCAGAGGCGUGUUUUCCUUUUACUACAGUAUCC